AUGCCCGAUACGCCAUCGAAAUCGCCAAGACCUAAAAGCACAAAAAUUAUACCUGAAUAUCGAGUAAUUUCUUAUGUAGAGGCUUACGAUUCUCAUGUACAUAGUGCGAAAAGUUACUAUCCUAAUGGACCAAUAAUUGUAAGAUUGGCAAAUCAUAUAAAUUCAACAUGCGAUGAGCCAAAACUAAAUAUCAGACUAGUUUAUAAGGAUAAUAAAAUGCAACCCAUCAACUUCGAUUAUGCAAUACCCGAUUUUAAUUUUUGUAAACAGGGAAAUGAUAGUAAAAAUUUAAUUGAAAUAUAUCCGCUCGAACGUCGAUUCUUUUUGGUUCGAUAUGUACAAAUUGUAAACGAAUCGCGUCAAGAAAUGGGUUUAAUUGUGGAUUGGGAUGGUCAAAUAUUCAGAGAAUUAACUUUAUCCACGGACACAUCAGAAUUAGGUGAAGCGAUAAUCAAUUCUAAUCCACAACGCGGAUUUAUAUGGAUUAAUUUCAUUCCAAAUAAUAUUCUACGAUGGACAAACUUUUCCGCUCCUAAUGACGAGAAUUUAUUUACUCAAGAGACGACAAAAGAAUCAGAAUUAUCUGGACAGAACUACAAAGUGUUUCCUACGUUAGACGGCGGAUACGGAAUUGUCUCUGCAGGACAGAAGCCAGAUGCAACGGAAAAUGUAGAAGAGGUUCCAAUAGUACCAUUAUGGGAGGUUACUGUAAAAUUUAUAAGGCCAUAUACGGGAGAAAUCACAAAACCAUCGGUAAUUUAUUCGAUAACAACACAAGUUAUUGAUAUUAAUAUAGAAGUGUGCGAUUAUGCAUACGAUUUACCGGGAUUGGCAUGUAUUAUCAGGAUACAACAUACUGAUGGUAGUAUUAGUUAUGUUAAAAUUCAAUUUCUUUCAAACGGAAGUACAAAAAAUACAGUUAAAAUCGCGUUUGAUGGUUCUUUAGUUGAUUAUAUUUAUCCUCUACAUAAUGGUGGUUAUAUAUUUAGCGUAAAUUCAAAUAAGGUUGAAGUAAAUUUUACGGGAAACAUUUAUGAUAGUAAUGGAAAGUGGCAUGUUGUAUGGGAUUGCCCUAAAAUGUAUGGUCAAACGAUUACUCCACAUGGUGUAUUUCCAAAUAAUACCGUUUGGAUGUUUUUUGAUGGAUAUUAUCAAUCAGAAACUAGUUAUCCGGACACUUGGACCUUUAUGACUGCCACCAUUAACGAGUUACCACAACCAUCCGUCAAUGAAUAUAAUAAUCUGAAUAUUAAUGCAACAAAUCCAACAAUCGAUGGUGUUUUUUCAACGGAGAUAGAAACAGAAACGCGUUCUAUUAAUAUUACUUAUAGCAAUACGAUACUAUUAUCAACAGGGAAUAUAUCUAUAUUUCAAUAUGAACAAGACGAUGAAGAUAAUUUAAUUUUAAGACAAAGUUAUCAAACAAAAAGUCCGAAAGUAACGCUAUCACCAGAUAAAAGAACCAUUACAUUAAAUGUAUUAAACCAUACAUUUAAUAUGCCAAAUAGUAAAUAUACCGUUGUUAUUGAUGAUGAUGCCGUUAAAGAUUUAAGUUAUGAAGAACCGUUAAUGGGAAUCAGUUCUAAUAUAUGGCGAUUUUCUACCGAUAAUAAGCAAAAUAUACAAGAAGAGCUUAAAUCACAAGAACAUGCAUUGGUUCGUUUGACAAGCGAUGCGUCCAAAAAUUUUGAUAAUUUAGAUUUUCAUCAACAAUCUGAAUUCGUGCAAAAUUUAUUACAUUAUUUAGCUAAAUGUGUACCUGUACCGCAAGAAAGAAUGCGAACAAAUAGUCAUAGUCAAUGGGAUCCUGAUGUUGAUUCAAAACAAAUAUUAUUAAAAUUUAGAAUAUUAGCGGUAAAGGAUGAACAAGAUAUUAGCGUUAAUAAUAUCAUUCAAACAUUAGAUGAAAUGAUCCGUGAUAGAGAAAUCUCUCCUAUUUCUCAUUAUCCAUAUACUGCUUUGUUAGAUAGCACUUAUGGUUUUAGACGGAAAAAGAACGUAUGGGAAAAAUAUGACUUUAAAUUAUUAGCAUUUGGUGCAACGUUAUUACUACUUGGUAUACUGGCUAUAUUUUCUUAUAAGAAAUAUGAAGACGGAAAUUGCUUUGUUGCAUUCAAAGUGUUGUUGAUCGCCUUGGACUUUGGAUUGGACUUGGCUUUCGUUUUGGCUCACUCGAGGGAUGUGUUGCAUUUAUAUAUUCCAAGUCUACUUACGUUUAUUAUACCACUGGGACUUAAUACUUUAAUCACAUUUUUCAUAUUAAUAAGAGAAUUAUCAAAUAAUACAAGGUUCUAUAAAUGGUUUAGAACUUACCAUAACGUCGCCGCUAUAUUUACCGUUUGUUCAAUCGCUGAUGUGGAUUCGUUAACCAUGAUAAAUUCUAAACUGGCCGGUUUAGAUGCUUUUGAUGCUCCUAUUUCUCCGGGUACUGAGAAAUGGAUAUUUAUAGUUAGUAUAUGGAAUUUUAUUAUUGAAGAUACUCCUCAAUUAAUCAUUCAAAUAAUAUAUAUAAUAUAUUCUGUUAAUUAUAGUAUCAUUCCAUUUUUGAAUUUGGUUUCUGCUUCUCUAUUAUGGAUUUGUAUAUUUUUCGGUCGCUCUUAUCAUAUGUUUUUACGUUAUCAAGAUCGUCAUCAAGUUUAUCAAACUACAAUUCGAACACCUUCUUCUUGGCUGAGCCAAGAACGACAUCAAGAUAAUUCAAGACAUGUUAAUAGUGGAGUUAACGUUGGAGUUGAUGGUGGAAGUAAUAAUAAUAAUGGUGGGAGACGAAAUAAUGACGUUAGUGAAUAUCAACCAUUGGAAAGAAGAAGUAGUGUACCUUUAUACAAUUCUUCUCUUGGGCCAUUUGAUGAUGCAAUGGGUAUUGGUGUCGCUGGUCCUUCUAAUAAUAAUAGAACAAGAAGCGGUAGUGGUGGUAUUUCUUAUGAACUGAUUGGUAGUGAACACGGAAAUACAAACACAAGUGCGAGUGGAAACGUAAACAAUGGAUAUGAAAGAUUUUAUGGCAAUGAUAAGACAUUAGAGAUGAAAUAUAAUGUUUAA